AUGGUGGAGUUGCUUUUCAUAACGUACAACGGGGAGAGUAACCAGCAAAAGGUUCCGAAAUUGUCGUCUCGCCACACUCAUGCUGCGAAGCAGUACUAUGAGCAACGGGAUAGACGGCAACAAGCCACCCGACAAAAUCGACUGAGACCUCUUGCACCUUUACAACCCCACCCCACCAAGCAUAGACUUAGUGCUGGAGGAUCUGGUUCAACAGAGGACGAAGAGUCAAACCCGCCCGGUUCUUCGACAUGUGGCCGUUUUCAAAAUGCCGUGGCGUCACGCCACAUCACCUCGUCCCCGGCUUCAAGUCUCGCAGCGUCUAUCAUGGAUCCAUUCGACACGAUGUCCAGCAUGCCUGCAUCCCGUGACCCUCUGGUACAGGAGUCUUUGCAUUUUUUCGUCAACAACCAACUCAUGGAGUUCUGUACCGAAGGAACCGAGUUGGCCGUGCACAUCGCAAAGAAGGAAGUCUACUCAAGAGCAGUGUGGCAUUCCGGCAUCAGUCAAAUCUGUGUCUAUGGUGGCAUGCUCAGUCGCGCAUAUCUGACAGGCGUCGAACUCUCCCCAAAGUACCACGUCCUAAGUCUACGGUAUAAACAAGGUUCCAUUGAGCACGUCAGAGAAGCAGUGAAAGGUCGGACAGCAGAGGAGGUUCCUGAGGAAACGCUCGCGGUCAUGCUGCGACUGGCGGUGCAUGGAUCCGAUAUGCUGCCUGUUGAUGAUCGGCACAGAAAAGCGCAGCAGACGUACUUCCACAAUGCACAGAACGUGGACUACUACUUGAGGUUCCAGACCGGUUGGGACCAUUUGCGCGCAAUCUUCAACAUCGUCGACGCAAAGGGUGGUCUUCCAUCCUUGAAAGUCGGCGUCUUCGUGCGAGCUCUUCGGGUUUUUGACAUCUUCUGCGGCUGGCGGAAUCUGCAGGCACCUCACUUCCCACUCACAGAACCAGUCAGCACAUACAUCGUCCAGCGGCAGCACACAGAAGGACCCCAAUCACAAGAGCUUCUCAAAACUCUCGGUACUGGCUUCUGCCCGUCUGAGGGAUCCGGCCUCCCAUACGACUCGCCGAACCAAGACCUGCACAAACACGCAGCCAUCGUCACAGCAGACUACGCUCAAGUCCUUCGCAAUCAGAAACGAAGGCCGCGAGACCCCAAACUUAGACCAGAUGAGGUGCUCCUCAAAUUCACACGCUGGAUGAUCCUUCACGACAUACUCAGCAUACCCGAUCCAGGCCCUGCAGAAACGCUGACCGACAUCGAGCUAUUGCAGGAAGCCAACCAUCAGAUCCUCCUAGCAUAUGCCUUCGCAGUUCUCGUCCCAAUACCGCCAAGCCAGAACACCGAGUUGGCGGAAAUGCUCACCGAGCGAAUUCUGCGCGUGGCGGCGGAGCUGAUUGCGAGGUCGUUGGACAACAGCCCUCUAGCGAGUGCUCCGCCGGCAGACUUGACGCUCUGCGUGAUCAUAUGGGCUGGCGUCUGCGCGCAAUUCGCCGCAUGCAAGGAUCAGGUGAAGAAUGAGCGGCUCUACGAAUCGGCGGCGGCUUACCUCCGCGACUUUCUGCAUGCACAGCAUUCGAGUGUUGUGCGAAAAACGUGGAAGGAAACCUCGGAGGUAAUGCGGUCUUACUUGUGGCUGGACGCCAUUUGCGAGGUGAAGGGCCAGGAGUUCUGGGUGUUUGCUUUGAAAGGACAAGAAGGUGCCGUCCACCUGGCUAGCCCUUCAUGA